AUGGGAUCGAAGGCUGCGUCGGAGCUUGCCUCGGUCCCAUCCGAGGACCUGGACGCCUACAUCGCCGAGCUGAUCGUGAAAAAGGCGCGCACCAAGCAAGCGCACGCGGACGAGCGCGGUGUCGCCUCGUACCUCGAGCCGGGCGAUACAGAGGCAGCACGCGUGCCAAACACGAACAAACGCUUCCUUGCAAGAGUCAUUCGAAAUGUCGAGGGCCACAACAGCGCGCUCAGACGCCAGCAGCAGCGAUCCGAGCACCGGUCUGCCUCGUCCAGCCGUGCGGAAAGCGCUGGAUCGUCAAAGAUGCGAGGCUGGUCAGAUGACGAACGCAAUACCGAAGAGAAAGCUCGGUAUGGUAGAUCGGAUGUGCAUUCAGAGAGGAGCGGGGAAGGAAUGUCGAGCAAGAUGGACAAGCACUUUGAAGAGGCCUGUUCGGACUCGGAGUCAAGGCAGAGUCAGCGACGGUCGGGAGCAGAAGACGACAAGCACUCGAGUAGCCGCAAGCGAAGACACGACACAGAGCGCAGCCCAGAGCGAGACGGACGCCGCAGCAGCUCUCACCGCUCCCAUCGGUCCAGCCGAUCCGAACGAUCGGAGCGAUCGGAGCGAUCCAGGAGCGGCCACUCGCGUCCACACGAAGGCGCUUCCGACGACGAACGGCGUCACCGCAAACGCAGCCACACCAUCCGGCGCUCGAGCGACCGCAAGUCGGAGCACAAGUCGCGCCCACGCAAGCGGUCUGCCUCUCCACCAUCAGCACCGCCACCGCCCAAAGUGCGCGAAUGGGAUCUUGGCAAAUAA